AUGACGAAAUCUCCUGAAUUCAAUGAAUCUCGAUUAAAUGGAGCCGUCACUAUUGCUACAACCCAGAAAAAACCGAAUAUCGCGAGAAUUGCGCGUGAAUUCAACGUGUCCUACACCACCCUCCUAGACCGCCUGAAAAAACCAAGAACACCAGCUACACCAACACCAUCGAAGAAGAACCUCCUACAGCCGUAUCAGGAGAAGGCCUUGAUUAGUUGGAUUAUACAAAUGCGGAAUUGGAACCUCCCCCCGACUGCUUCGAUUAUACAGGCGUGGGCAAAUCAGGCGCUUGCCCGCGCGGGCUCAGAGAAGCGGGCAAGCAAGAUGUGGCCAUACUGA